GUAGAUGUCGUAGCUCUUUUUUGGUUGAUCAGCGAACACGUGCUACAAAAAUUCUACUACAAAAUUUUUUUGUAUUUUGUAUACCCUCCAAAAAGCACAACAACAAGAAGAAGAAGAAGAACCACAACAACAAAAGGCUACUACAAACCACACAACAAAAACAAAGCAAACAAAUACUAGAGAAGCUGUAGUAGCAGUUGUAGUACUACAUAGUAAACUCAGUGUGCAAAACAAAAUUCUUCACCGAGAGUGUUGGCGCGAGAGUGAGAGAGAGGGGCAGAGAGGCAAUACGUCAAUUUAAGCUACAUAUUCCCAUUUGCUUAACUAACAGCAUCCAGGCUGCCUUGCGACUAUCCACGAAAAUAUCGUAAAACCCUCAGAAGACACACACACACACACACAUAAACAAUUUUAGUCUACGCUGUGCUGCUGUUCACUGGUCGUCUCUGUCAGGUUGCUGCUACUGCUGCUGAUAUCUUCUUUUAUAGAAAUUCUCUGUGUGUGAGUGUGCCUGUGUGCUAGUGCUGGCUUCUGGUGUUCUUUGCGGGCAAGUGCGUGUGGUUACCGUAUUGCUAGAGAGCUCCCGCGAGUGUGUUGGCGCCUGUGUGUGCGCUUUCAUAAAAUGUACCUACAUAUUUAUAUAUACGUAUAUGCAAAAAAUAAAAGAGCCACUUAAAAGGAUAAUGAUUUUUCUCUAAGGCAUUUUUUUACUCAACACACACGAGAAAGAAAGAAAAAAAAAAUACCACAAAAAAUAAAAUGAAUUCAAAUCACAAAGAAAGCCAAAGAAUGUCGGAAAGUGAAAACACAAAUGUUCAAAGCAGACGAAAAGUGUUACAAAAAUAAGCUGCAGCUGUUCCAAAGACCCAUUUCGAAAUAGUAAAACGAAAGUUUGAUGAAAUGAACAAAGAAAUUUAGAGAGCAAAAAAAAGAGAAAAACUCUUAAACUCAUUAAAACACAAAGAAAAAAAAAACAAUGUGACAUUUUUUUGCUGGAAAUAAACUUUUGGUUUGUUUGAAAUUGCACCUCGUUAUUUGCACCAUAAUUACCAUUUGUUUUUUUUUUUGAAUUUUUGAGAUAAAAAUUUAUAAAGCUAGAGUUUUAUAUGAAAGAAAAACUAAAAAAACAAACUAAUUAAGCAAACGAUAACGACAAUAAAUGUUUGAAACUCAACAAGACAAUAAUUAAUUUUAGAAGAAAAAAAAAAAUAAAUGUAACUGCAGACAAUAAAUAAAUGAAAAAAAUUCUAAAAUUUCUUUUGGUAACAAUAAAGCCCCGAAAAAAAUUUUUAUAAGCCAGAACGCUAAGAAAAACCAAAAAAACCCUAAAUCCCCAAAUUAAUACAUGACAAUAAAUUUGCUGUUCUUAAGUUUAACCGCAAAAAUCCACACCUGUAACUAAAGAAAAACUCCAAGGAAAAAUAAAAACCCUGAGCAUAAGAAGCAGCUUAAAACCACUGAAAACCAAUUAUCCCACAUUCAAAAAAAAUUAUAACAAAAACAAAAUUUUUUUGAAAAAAAACAAACAAAAAAGUUCCAGCAUUACCACAAUAAGCUCAAGAAAACCAAGCUCCUUAAAAAAAAACAAAAUCAACAAAGAAGAAAUCCAAUUUCUAGGAGACAAGCAUCAGCCAGCUGCCAGCCAUUUAAGCAGCAUCCAUCCAUAACAAACAAAUUGAAUUUUCAUUUCGUUGUGUCGCAUAGUGAGUGUGUCUGUGUAUUAGUGUUCAAUGUAUGUGUAUGCAUUGUGUUUAACACAGUGUCAUUAAAUUCCCAUACAUAAAGAAAACCAAACGCGAAAAAAACAACGCGGGCUUGCAUACAUUCUCACAUAUAAAGUCAUAAAUAUAGGAGCUCAUUAAAGGACCCUACCAAUUUCCUGGCCCCUACCCUAACCUGUUUGGCAAAAACGCCAUAAAAAACCAAAAACAAGAGUAACAUACGGGGAAAUUUUGUGACCCCCUCCCCUCAAACGAAAGAAAGAAAGAAAGAAAAAAAAAAAACAAAAUCAAAGCAAACUCUCUUUUCGAUAACAAAACAACAACAAAAAACCUUCUUAGAGCAGCAGCAGCAGCUCUGUAUCAAAAGUUAUUUUUAGACUUUAUAUGGAUGUCUGAAAAGCAACCAAAAAGAAGAGCAACAAAACAAAAAAGAUAAUUGAAACAGAAAAGUGAAAAAAUCGAAAAGAAACCAAAUCUAAAAAGCACAACAAAACAUUUCAGUUUCUUCAGUUACUCCCCUGAAGCCCAAAAUUAACUCAGCGCAGUGAAAUAUCUCAACCCAGAACAUCAACAGCCGAUGACAGACAACCGCCAAGGCUAGAAAAGCACCACAAAUCAAAACAAUAUCAAUUAAUAUAAAUCAAGUUUGCUAUCAAUUAGAUUAAAUGACGAUUUAUACCAACAUGGCCACGUUAACUAUGGACAAACAACGUUUAAGUGUUAACGAACAGCAUCAUCAGUUUUUGGGGGACAAACAAAAGCAGCGUUCGGAACGUGCUUCGAGUUUGGCUUUGCCACACAGUUCCCUUUUGGAUUUCUAUGACAAACAGCAGGAGCAGUGUAACUCAGUGGCAUUAUUGCCAAUUAGCGCCAAUGUUGUGGUACGAAGACACUCCUCCCACUACUAUCCCAUGCUGGAGGCAGGAGAUGAGAAGCAACAACAACAACAGCAGCAGCAACAACUGUUGCAACAUCAGCCACCACCAACGGUUGCCAUGUCGAACAUGGACAAUGUGAAGAAUUUAAUGUCCUCCCUAAAUGCUGGCUUAAAUGCAUCGCCGCCGCCCUACAAUUGUCACAAAUCUCAGGCGCAAUCCAACAUAAAACAUUUCCCAGCAGCUGCUCCCGGGGCGCCAGCAUCCGCAUCCUCAUUGUCGCCAUCUAACACUGCACUAAUGUCAACUAUGGCAGCCACUCAACUGAAUUUGCAACAAAAGGUAAAUCCGGCAACAACAUCUUCGCCAGCCUCCAAGAACAGGCAAAAUUCCGAUUUAGUUAGUGGUGGCAGCCCCCACAACAGCAUCAGCCAUAACACUAACAGACAACAGCGUCAAGGUGCGGGACAGGCUUUGCAGCAACAGCACCAACAACAACAACAGCAACCAUCUUCAAGUUUGGAUACACCACCACCCAUACCCAAGCGUACAUUUCGCAAUAAGUUCACCUGGAAUUCGGUAAAUAGUGGCGGAGGCAGUAGCUCGUGUGAGGCCACCCCUCCGUCUUCGGCCGCUUCGAUAACACAAACACCGACUAAGGGUAAACAACAAACGACUGCAGGCACAGCAUUUGUUUAUCCUCAGAUUCCUUUGCAACAUUUGCCCUCCACAGGUAGGGCAGGCAGUGCUCUCGGCGGUGUUGGGGGAAUUGGUUAUUUUGCUAAUACAAACAUUGAGGCAAAUAAUUCCACACCUGGCGGCGGCGGCGGUCAUCUAAUUGCCGAUUUGCACUCACGUACGGUGUUCUCCGAUGGUGGCAGCGUCACCGGUUACGACACCGGAGGCAUUUCCGAUGAUGACCGCAUGAGUUUGGAAAAUUCCGUUUUCGAAGAGUCAUUGAACUCCACCCCUGUAAAGAUUUCACAAAAUUCCGCAAGCAAACUAUUCAAUGGCACAUUAGCCGCUAAGACCCUUGCUGCCCUCACCGGAGACGUCUGCACUGCUCUCAAGCGCUCCAAUCGCUCGUCCAGCAGUACAGUCGAUUCAAGCAUCACCUCCUCGUCGGGCUAUGGUUCGCACAGCGAGCGUUUAGCGUCCACCUCUACCACCGCAGACUUUCGCAGCCGCUUUUCCAGCGUAGACACCCAGUCGUCGCUGGACAGCUGCCUCACGGAGAAGACCUCGGUGGACUCACCGCUCACCAAGGACACCUUUAAAAUGGAACGCCCCAUGAACUUAAAUGAGGUCAUGCUCAAUCUGAAUAACAAUGAGACCCUUAAUACAGCCACAGCGGCAGUGGUUUAUAGCCAGCACACAAAUAAUCUCAUGGCCAAUAACAACAAUAUUCAGUCGAUGACAAGCCACAAGUUACCCACAGUACCGGUACGUGCCCAGCGUAAGCCCGGUCAAUCGGUAUCACCUUCCCGCCAUCAUCAGCAGCAGGGAAAUCAGCAAACCAGUCAAAGUCAAUCACAGCAAUCGCUAAACAAUAGCAUCGAUUCCAGCAACAAGGGUGGCUCCACUGUGCCCAAUUCCACCUCAACAUCAUCCACAGCCUCGGCAGGUUCAAGCAUUUCUACAGGAUCCAGCAUGUCCAUAUCCGCCUCUGGAUCAGGAAAUUCUCCCCUGGCACCCACCACACCGCCACAGCAGCAAAUGCAACAACAACAGCAGCAUCAUCAAUCAAUUGCCAGCGCACAGCACCAGAAACGUCCACCCCUCCCACCAGCCAGAGUACAAAAUUUCGAAAUGCAUGAUACGGCGGCCACAAAGGGUUUUGCCACAACACAACAGCAGCAGCAACAACCUCCUCUAGCCAUGCGUAGUCAAUUGAAUCGCAGCAAACGCCCUCCUCCCAUUCAAUAUCCGAAAUUACAUCAACGCCAAGAUUCCAAUCUGUCGAGUGACAGUUUUUCAGUCACCUCUAGUCCUGGUUACAAUUCGAAAAAUCUCAUGGAUGCACCGCUAUUGCAAAAUGCUGCGCGCAUUAACAAGAGCGGAGGAACGGUUGCUGGCAUGGCCGCUGCUAUGCGUCAUCAGGAUUCGAGUGAUAGUUUUGGCAUGUCUACUUCGCGUUUUGGUAAUACUGGCCCCAUGGUACCGCCACGUCAUAAAUUCAAUUUCCGCCAAGAUUCAACCAUAUCGAGUGAUAGUUUCAGUCAAACAUCUAGUCCGGGCUAUAAUACGAAAAUCAUGGAAGCCCCCCUGUUGCCAUCGUUGUCCGUAAAAAGGUUGUGCAAUGUUCCAACGCCCGUCAAUAUUAAACAAAAAUUCCAAAAUGAGACUAUCGAUGAAAUGGAGAACAAUGUCCCCAUGUCACCGAUAACAAAAUGCGUCUCAACACCUGCUAGUCUACAGACCAUAGUACGUUUCCAAAAUGGUGCUCCCAAUACCAUGUCGUUGCCGCAUCAGAUCAUCAAUCGCCGCAAAUCGUCAAAUCCUUACAUCACCAAUGGUCGUUUAAAAUUCCGCCUCUUUCAAAUACUUAUCAAUGCCUUGGCUCUAUUGGCCAUAGCUGGGGGUUUGGCAGCCUAUUUCAAGGCCUACCCCACCAUCAAGUUUGUGAAUAAGACCAUCAUCAAUACGGUGCAUGUGGAGGACUCGUUAAGCAAGAAUCCCGCCCCUGGAACCUGUCUGCCAAUUAUUGUGAAAUUUUGCCAAGGUCCCCAGAUACCCUACAACUUUACGGUGUUCCCCAAUUACAUUGGGCAUUUUGGACAAUUGGAAACUCAAGUGGAUAUGGAUGCCUAUGAGGCUUUAGUCGAUGUUCGUUGCUAUGAAUUGGUCUCUUUGUUCUUGUGUACCCUCUUUGUGCCGAAGUGUGGAACCUCGGGAGCAACAGUGCCGCCUUGCAAGUCGCUGUGCACGGAAACAAUGCGUCGUUGUGGCUUUUUCUUUGAUGUAUUUGGCCUAAGUCUACCGGAGUACCUGAAUUGCAAAUUGUUCAAGGACUUCGAAAGUCCCGAGGAGUGUGUGGGCUAUGAGGAGGUUCAGAAUGUGAUGAUUGCCUCGGCCAAUCCUAAGUGCAGUGGCUUCAAGUGCGACAACAAUCGCUGCCUGCCCACGGAAUAUGUAUGCGAUGGUAACUUGGAUUGCAUGGAUCACAGCGAUGAGAAGGGUUGUGAUGUGUGUCCUCCUGGCGAAAUUUUUUGUGGCAAUGGGAAGUGUAUAACAUAUGACCAUGCCUGCAAUGGAGUCAUGGACUGUCCCUAUGGGCAGGAUGAGAAAAAUUGCAUACGUUUGAGUGAACGCAAUGGAGAUCUAGGCAAAGGCGUCCUCGAGGUCUAUCGCAUGUCCAGUAAAAAAUGGGUGCCAGCUUGUGUGAAGAAUUGGGAUAGGGCAGUAUCGCCCUCGGCUGUGUGCUCCAUGCUGGGUUACAGUGCUGUGAAUGCUACAAGCGUUAUAACUCAAAAAACGCAUCGACCAUUGUUGGCAUCGGUUAAUAUAUCCACAGAUAUAUGGAAAAUGUAUGCCAAAAAGAAAUCCAAUUUAAUGCGAGAAUUUUCCAAUUGUACCGCGGCUGAAGAUUAUCCCAUAGCUGAAUUAACCUGUUCAAAUUUCGAAUGUGGCAAAAUUAAGAAAACCAGACGCAAGCUUUCACGACGAAUCAUAGGUGGUGCGAAGGCGAAUCCUGGUUCCUGGCCUUUUCUGGCAGCUAUUUUGGGUGGACCAGAGAAAAUUUUCUAUUGUGCCGGAGUGCUGAUAUCCGAUCAAUGGGUGCUAACAGCCUCUCACUGUAUUGGCAACCACACAGUCAUAGACUUGGAAGAUUGGACCAUCCAAUUGGGUGUCACCCGUCGUAAUUCCUAUACAUAUUCCAGCCAAGAGGUGAAAGUUAAAACUGUUAUACCCCAUCCUCUAUACAAUACUGCGAUAACACAUGACAACGAUAUUGCACUGUUCCAGCUUGCUAAGCGUGUCUCUUUUCAUGAGCAUCUACUGCCAGUUUGUUUACCUCCGCCCAAUAUGAAAAAAUUGAUACCCGAUUCCAUGUGCACCGUCAUUGGUUGGGGCAAAAGGCGUGACAAAGAUCCUACAGCCACUUAUGAGCCCAUUGUCAAUGAAGUCCAAGUGCCCAUUAUAAGGCGAACACAAUGCGAUGAAUGGUUGGAUAAUCUAACGGUGUCAGAAGGCAUGAUUUGUGCGGGAUACGAGGAAGGAGGCAAAGACGCUUGUCAGGGUGAUUCUGGUGGUCCUCUACUUUGCCCCUAUCCUGGAGAAAAAGAUCGUUGGUUUGUCGGUGGCAUUGUGUCGUGGGGCAUAAUGUGUGCCCAUCCCAAAUUGCCUGGAGUCUAUGCGAAUGUCAUCAAAUAUGUGCCCUGGAUAAAUGAACAAAUGCUUAAAUAUUCCAAAGAAGAAUCAUUUUCCAAAUACGAUAUGCACCCGGGUGGUCCUGAUUUACUAUCAAAUGUGGCAACGGCAUCAUUGAAAAAUCAACAAACCUCCAAACUGCGAAGAAGUUCUAUGGAUGUUGAAUACUAUGACAGUCCCAGUAAUUGGGGAUACACCCACAUUGAAAAUUGAUAGCAACGGUAUUGAUUGCGUGUUAAUAACAAAACAAUACCAUAUAACAGGAUACACUAAUAGGUGGUUAAAUCACUUGCGAAAAACAUAAAAUAGGCCCCAUGAGCAUCAUAAAGGUUGUCAAAAUCUGCCUAUUGUGAAUGUUAACUAAUGUCAGUACAAAUUUUAGCUCUGACAAAAUGCACCAUAUGGCACAUCAAUGCAUUAUUUUGUGUUUUUAUUUCAAUUCUUUUUAAACUAAGAACUAAGGCCCAUUGCAAACAACUAAGAACAACGUAAAUAAAACAAAACAAUAAAACCUGGAUUCACUAAUAGAAGGUUAAGUCACUUAUAAAAACAUAAAGUGGAUAGACCCCAUGAACACCAUUAAAGGCCUUGUUAUGCUAUCGUAAACAUACCAUAAAUGUAGGAAAACGUGUCUGUUUUGUUUUGGCUUACGAAUACACAUACAAGUGCUUACCAAACGUAUGUCGACCGUAACCGGAAUGUAGAAUUCAGUAAAAACAAAAUUUUACAUUCCGUUUUGGUGACAGCUGACAAAAUUUGAAGUUUGAAUAUAUUUCGAAACCAAAAAUUUAAUUUAUAGCACAGCUUUCUUUGUUGAAUUUAUCACAAUUUAUUGUUAAUAGUUUAGGUUGAAUGGUUAGCUUACCAUGAAAAGGUGAUUUCACUCGGUGGCCAGUCUGACCUGUGGUGAAAAGAAAAUAAAAAACUGAAAAAUGUGUGAUAAUAAGAAAUUACAAAAAGAGAGUAGGGGGUAAGUUCCAAUAUGGCGCUGUCGUAUGCGCUAAUCCAUGCUAUAUCGUGAAACUGGAGACUUCAGGGAUUCCACACAUUCCGCCAAAAACUUCGACCUCACUGUCCUAGAACACAUGGCCUCGAGGGCCGCUAUAUAUGUAUACUGAUUUCGAAAACUGUAAAUUACUUCCCAGAAUUUUCUUUGCGGCUAUCGUUAUGGCACAGAGCUCUGCCCGAAAGAACAAUACGGCAGUCUGGCCGCUGUACCGAUAUUUUGUGUGACGGAGUAUGGCCUAAUCCAGUCCCGGUCUCCAUCUUGGA